AUGUCGGACGACAUGAUUCUUAGGCAAUUGCUCGGCAAAAAUCGGGAUUGGGCCAAACGAAUCGAGGCCGAAUACCCCGGCUUCUUCGAGAGGUCGGCAGCUGAGAAGCAGCGCCCCAAAGUCCUGUGGAUUGGAUGCGCGGACUCGCGCGCCCCCGAGUCCGUCAUCACCGAAUCCAUGCCGGGUGAGAUCUUCGUGCACCGGAACAUCGCCAACCAAUUCCACCUCGACGACGACAACGCGGACGCCCUGCUCACCUACGCCGUCGAGCAUGUCGAAGUGCAGCACAUCAUCGUCGUCGGCCACACCCAGUGCGGCGGCGUCAUCGCGGCCAGAGCCGCCGCCGAGAAGCCGCCGAAGGAGCCGGAGACGUCGCUCGAACGCUGGCUCGUGCCGCUCGUCGGCCUCGUGCGCGAGCACCUCGAUGAGGACCUCACUGCGCUCGUUGAAGCCAACGUGCGCGCGCAGGUUGACGCGAUCGCUCAGAGUCAUGUCGUGAAGGAGGCGUGGCUGGACACCGAGAGGCCGGGGGGGUUGAAGAUCCACGGUUGGGUGUAUGAGCUCGAGCAUGGCCACCUACGGGACUUGGAGUACACCAUCGGGAAGGAUGGGAGAGAGUUUUAG